AAAGUUCAAGAAUUUAUCGGAAAAAGGUUAAAAAUUCUUAGAGGCAAACGGGCCUUAAUAUGGUAAGAACGGAGAAUUUUUUAUUUUCUUAGCGGACAGCAGCGCUUCAUCGAUUUCCGUUAUUUCCCCGAGCCACUAGGUUGGGACACCAAACCUCAGGUGUGGAAAUCUGGCUCUUUAAGCGUUUCAACAGUUUUCCCUCUUUCACACAAGUUCGCAAGCGUGAAAAAGCGAAAGGCAAAAAGCAGGUCACUCAAAAAGCACCCAUUCAACAAUUGCCGGCGUCACACUUUUCUGAGAUCGGAGUACACACAAUGGCCGAUCACGCCGGCGAACACGAUUCCGUCGUUGAUUCCGUCAUGGAUAAGAUCAACGACACAUUGCACCCCCACGAUUCUUCUUCAUCAGAUUCCGAUAAUGAAAUGGAGAAAGUAUCAUCCGUCGAAGCCGUCAAGGCAAAGAUCUAUCGCCUCUUUGGUAGGGAAAGGCCCGUUCAUAAGGUUCUCGGCAGCGGAAAACCUGCGGACAUUUUUCUGUGGAGGGACAAGAAAAUUACUGCCGGCGUGCUUGGGUUUGCCACUGCAAUUUGGGUGCUUUUUGAGUUGCUUCAGUACCACUUGGUUACGCUUGUAUGCCAUAUACUGAUCCUUGCCUUGGCAGUCCUUUUCCUUUGGUCCAAUGUAUCCACCUUCAUCAACAAGUCUCCACCCCAAAUUCCACAAGUCAUUGUGCCUGAAGACAUUGUCCUGGGUGUUGCUGCUGAAUUCAGGAUUGAAAUAAACAGAGGUCUUGAAAUUCUUCGGGAUAUUGCCGCUGGGAAGGACUUGAAGAGAUUCCUUGCUGUUAUUGCUGGCUUGUGGUUUCUUUCGAUAUUGGGGAACUGCUGGAACUUCCUCACCUUGUUUUACAUUUGCUUUGUAUUGCUCCAUGCUGUCCCUGUACUUUAUGAGAAGUAUGAGGACCAGGUUGAUGCAUUUGCUGAGAAGGCUGAGGCAGAGAUCAAAAAGCAGUAUGCUGUUUUUAACGUCAAGGUUCUAAGCAAAAUUCCAAAAGGUCCACUGAAAGACAAAAAGUUCUUAUAGACAUGAAUAGGUGGCAGACAAAAGGUCCUCCAAUUGUUGUGAUUCAGUUAUUUUAGAAGACCCCUUUGUUUACUUGUUUUGAUUUAUCAUUACUAAACAGGCUUGGUGUUUUGUGGUAGUUGAGUUCCAGAUGUGGUUUUCUGUUUUGUUUAAUUUUGGAUGACUGCUAUAUAAGAUUUUGGCAGUCAUCGUGUGACAGAACAUCAAUAUGCAAAGUGAGUAUUACUUACGAGAUUAUAAGUCAGAUAAUGGAAACACAACUUCGAUUCUUGUUUGACA